GCUAGAAUCCCAGAAAUAUUGCAAAACUAAGGUUUACACCAACAUCAACAACAAGUCGGUUACUGUUUCUUUAUUACGUGCGCAAAAAAAAAUUUUWAAGAGGUCCCUCCAAAAUGAUUUUUUUAAAGGGCUCAUGCCUGAAUUUCGUGAUUUGUUUUUUUGUCUUUGGUUCGAUUUGGAUGGCAUCCAACAAAGAAGCACUAGUGAAAGCCGAGACCAAGAAUGCAAAACCAACCACUGAAAGUACAAAUGGACGGCCUUCUUCAGAACAAGAUGAUCCUGAUGAUCCAUACAUGAAUUACCUCUUCCAUCCACGUCUUACCUUCAGUGGUACGUUUCAAUCUGACGUAUCAACGGUCAAUAACAUCCCAAGCAACUUCGACUCGGCUAACUUUGUCCAAACUAACUACUUGACACAUGGCCAACUCUGGAAUUCUCGUGGAACUGGAGAAUGGAACGUAGACGCUUCUGUGACGCAAGUCUGCUACGUCAAUGGAACGUGUGUUGCAGAUAAUAACGAGGAAGAACCGAUAUUGGAAGCAACGUUUCAGGAGGGUGGAAACGAGACGAUCGGCAAGAUGGUGGAUCUAGACACGGAGGCCCAAAUGUUCUCUGAGAUCUGGGGCUGGAGACUUCGUAUCGGAGAUUUCUUUUCUGCAGACUUUACUCCUGUUCCAUUUCAAUACAUCUGGCCAAAAAUWGUUGAUCCUGGAACACUAUCUCCAUUCGGAUCAGCUUACCAAUCUGUGUUGUCAAACAUAAGAUGGAUAGAUGAUAAUGCUAACUCUCCUUUGAUAGAGGAGUGGAAAAAGAUAAUGAAGAGCGACAACGUGGAAAGUGAUAAAUUGUCCAUACGUUUCAACGUUGAUAUGUACGAACUAGACCCCCAAAAUAACAAUUUUACUUAUGGACGUGUGACAGGCUCCAUUGGAUUGCUGGGAAUCAAGUCUCCGCCAUUUUUCUCUCACGGUCGAAUGCUUCAUGCUAAAUCCCCAAACGUUCAGAACGCACCAUUUAUUGUCGAUAAAAAGAAAAAGAAGGCCUAUAUAGACUUUGGCAACAGCCUCCAGAUAACCAGAAAUGGCAGUUUUGACACCAUGGAUCUGAACAACUUGUAUGUUGGCUUACCUUUAGAUCUGUCCGAGACGUCACUGAAUAUAACUUGUGAUAACAAGUUCGUGUGGCUGGGUAUAGUAAAUCAAACCGCCCCCAAUUGGUACAGAAACUAUGCUGGGAUUCAAUCCUUCCCAGUGAUGAGAGCAUUUUCAGAACGUGAAAUUAAUAUGCUUGGAAGCAACCCGUUUGUUGUUGUAAAGGUUACUGGGGAAUGGCCAGCGUUAGUUUGUAAGGAGAUAGUACUUGCAGAAGAUAUUAAGGGUUUUGAUAUUCACCCAUACGACGACUGGACCAUGCAUAAAGAACCUGAAGAAUCGGUUAACGUUAGAGUCAUUGCUACGAAAUUUGGCGAACCUCUUYCUAAUGUGAAAGUACAUUUCGAAGCCAAUGACUGCCCCAACAUUUUCGCAGACGGACCACCUGUUGCCGUGCCCCCAAUACCGCCACCCGAGGAUGUCUUGACAAAUUCAGAAGGCAUAGYCGAAUUCAAAAUUAUGACAAAAGAUCCCAAAAGUCCAAGAGAUUACAUUGAUGGACAGCUUUAUCCAUACACCUACUCUAUUAAUAAUGAAGAACAUCCUAAAAAGAAUUUCUCUUUGAUGUGCAAAAUAGAUAUGUUUGAKCUGCUCAAUAAUUUGAUCGUCAUUGCAGUUUGGGACCAAUAUGGUCCUGUUUCAGAACCAACAUGGCUUGAUCACGUUUACCCAAUAUUUAAGCAAUACGCCAAUCUUUACCCGGUCAUGACGGAAAACAUCGUAGACUUGGGCAACUACUACGAGGUUACGGAGCGUAAGAAAGCCAUACAAAUGAGUAUGGAAUUGCCAAUCUCUCAUCCUAACUACAUGCCUGUAACACGGGAUCUUUCGCCUUCGAAAAGUAAAGUAAUCUUGGACUGGCUUAAGAAAGACGACCCUCCGACUGGUAAACCAAAAGAYUACUACACAGUUGAGAAUCUUCGAAGGGACUUACAGACAGCCUUGCAGCUGGAACAAGCCACAAUUCCUCCAUAUUUGACAGCCUUGGCUUCUAUUAAAUAUAACUAUAAUGAAGAUGUACAAAGCAUUUUAAGGUCCAUUGUCAUUCAAGAAAUGAUGCAUAUGAACUUGGUGGCCAACAUCCUGAAUGCAGUGGGUGGGAGUCCCAUCUUUCACUCGAAGGAUUUCGUUCCAUUUUAUCCCUCGCGUCUCCCUGGAGGAAUCCAACCUGACUUGGUCGUACCGAUUGAAAAGGUUUCUAUUAAUCUCAUAAGAAACGUUUUCAUGACGAUUGAACAACCAGGAGUGACUCAAGAAAGAAAAUCGUCCUUCAACUYGAUGUUUGAUUUCGUUGAGAAGCUAAAGUGCUCCGGGGUGUCUAAAUACUCCAAUCAAGAGAGUUGCAUAGUAAAACAUCAGACGUCUGAAAUUGUCGACCCACUCAUUGACGGAGAUUACGUUCCUUGUCUGGUUCAAGGAUUCGAAGAGGAUUCUAUAGCAAAUUUCAAGCUACGUCAAUAUGGAAUGUCCCGAAGCAGAGCAAACAAAAAAGACAAAGACUCAAAGRACAAAAAAUUCUUUCCUAACUACCAUUACGAGUACGAAAGGCAUCACAACACAAUCGGUGACUUCUACAAUCACAUGCUGAAUUCCUUGGGAUACCUCACAGACUGUGGAAAAAACAACAGCAUCUUCACUGGUGACCCAAAUCGGCAAGUUGACUUUACGCACUGGUCAGUGCAUGGCCGUUCUUUGAAUGUUACUGACUUUGUUUCAGCUGUAGAAGCAAUUAAACUGAUAGUUGAACAAGGYGAAGGAAGCUCUCCGUGUAAUCCAAUGGCAUGGAGCAAUGGAACAGUGAAAGAUCUUUCGCACUAUUUUCUUUUCUAUUCGAUCGCCGAGAAGCGUGAGRUCCAGGUGUUCAAUAAACACCAUCAGGAGGGAACUGGAACUGACCAAAGUACAAAAGUUAACUACGAAGGGUGUAAUGGUACCUACUUCUUCACGGGACCAAAGAUACCAUUCGAUCCAGACGGUGUAUGGCCAAUGGUGCCAAAUCCCAAAAUGAMCAAAUUCAAGGAAGGCACUAAGGCUUACCUGAGGGCCGAUAAGUUCAACAAGAUCUACACCAAGWUGCUCAAGUCACUAGAAAAUGUGUUCAAUGGCCAUCCCGAGAGUCUUAAAGAUGCUCUAGGGCUGAUGUUCUCAGUGAAUCUUCAUUUGAAGAAACUCGUUAGUACGCCAAUCGAUCCCGAUGGUGACCCGGAUGUUGGACCAAAUGCUGGUCCGCCCUACGACUUCGUACCUUAGAGGGAUGGAAUGGGUUUAGGACUGUUGGAAGGUGGAUUUAAGGUGUAUAUCAAGAAACAUUUUUUUCUUUCAAAAUCACUUAUAUGUGAAUAAUGUAGUAGUAUGGUUGCAGUAUUUUUGUAUGUAAAAUUUUCUUUUAGGAGAUAUA